CUGGUGCAGCAUAGGAGUCAUACCAAGCAUAGCCUGCGUGUCAGUGCAGUCGACUUACAGCUGGCUGUGAGGAGAACUGACGCUACUCUUUUUUUGUUGUUGCUCUAUCACCGCGAUACAUUUACUCAUAUAAAAAAAAACAUUGGUGUCAAUCUUCUCCGCGAAGUUUUAUUUUAUUAAAGGGGGUUCUUGUAAAACUAAAGUUGAAGGCUGGGCCUUUUUUUUGUAGCUUUUUGACCGUCGCUUGAGAGGAGAAGAAGUAAAAAGCUGGUCUUCUUUUUUAAUAACUCGAUAAAUGCUACUAACGAAAAUGGACCUGUUGAACUACCAGUACCUGGACAAAAUGAACAACAACAUUGGCAUACUCUGCUACGAAGGUGAAGCAGCUUUAAGGGGGGACCCCAGGCUCCAGUCCCUGUCUCUGUCAUCGUCUUCCUCAUCCUCCUCCUCUUCGUCGUCCUCAUCUUCCUCCUCCAUCUCCAACCACAGGACAGGUCCUCCUCCCAUUAGCCCCACCAAGAGGAAGCUAAGCGGGGACCAGGGGGACAGCGACAUGGACGACAAUGAGCAUGUGGCAAAAAUGAGCCGACUGUUUGCUACAAAGCUGAAACCUCAUGGAGACUACCGCAGCUCUUCCAUCGUCAAGGACCGAAGCCGGAGCCCCAUUGAGCGUGUGGUGGUGCCCAGCACUCUGGGUGUCCACAGCAAUCACCUGUACAGCCAUGCCCACCACCACCAUCACCACCUGGCCAUCUUAGCCGGCAUGGACCAGCCUCUGGCACUCACCAAAAACAGCAUGGUGGAGUCUGCACGCGGUAGCACAGCAGCUAUGGCCACACUGUCGCACAAAGUCAGCGCCGUGGAACGCCAGCAGAAUCGUCCUUCAGUUAUCACAUGUGCCCCCGCCAACAACCGCAACUGCAACCUGUCUCACUGUCCCGUCUCACACAACAGCUGUGCAAGCCUUGCUAACAACUACAGGAGAAUCAACACCAAUACAGCAUGCGACCCAGUAAUUGAGGAGCAUUUCCGCCGCAGUCUUGGGAAGAACUACAAGGAGCCCGAGCCCACUGCCACCAACUCGGUGUCCAUCACAGGCUCGGUAGACGACCACUUUGCCAAGGCACUGGGCGAGACCUGGCUGCAGAUUAAAAACAAGGGGAGUCCCUCGUCGUCCGGCAGCAGCCCAAACUCCUCCCCCGACAGCCACAUGGUCAAUCACAACCACUCCCCUUCUGUGGUCUCCUGAAGGAGGGGAGGGGUUUAAUAGGGAUUCGCCUCGGUGUCCCCUGCUCUCCCAAUCAUCUCGGCUCCAACACCCACGCCCUCGUCACUUUGGUCUGUCACCAGCAUCCCAGAGGGAAGGCCUGCCUGCUGGUCUGCUACGAACAUCUGAAAGCCUCAAGCCUGCUCUCUCUUUAUCUAUGCACUCAGAGGAUCAAUCAAGCAUUAACAACAUGGUUGUUUUUUUCUGUCUGUCCUCUCGUAUGGUAUUGCCAGAAAAUAAUCAGUGAUGAGCGUUCAACUCUGGGACUCAACUGGAGCAUCAAGCUGCUCCUUCCAAUCACUCAUCAUCCCUGCAUGUCAAGCUUGGAGCUGAGCAAGUGUCUGUAGUUAUAUGUACAUAAAGAGAGGAACGGUGGGGUUUUAAUUAUUGUUUUUUUUUUUUUUGUUUCUUUCUUUAACACUAGUUUUGUGUACUGCUUUUGCGUUAUGGGAGGCUCGACAUUUGAAAGAAAAGAUAGGUGAGAAACACUUUGGUGAAAAGGAUCACAAACCACCUGACUGUGCUACCAAAGAAACCUCUGACACUGAUGUUUAUCACCGGCCACCUCCAAAAUAUAAAAACAGAAAGCCAUCUUGUAAUAUCCCUUUUGUUUUUAUACUUGUUAAUUCUCUCAUCUUCCUUCUCUCUCCCUCUCGCUAGUGUGUAUGUGUUCUGGGGGUGUUGUUACUGUAUGCGUAUACUUAAGUGAUCGACUCGGUCUAAUUUGCACUACUGCCGUAGAGGGUAAAGGGUGGCAUGUCAAUAUUGUAAUCUGGCACCGCACACACUGGGACUGAUUAAGCUGUUUUGGCGCAGUCUUGUAUAAUCCAGCUUUUGUUGGGACCUCUAUUUGAUCCCAUUAACUGUUAUUUACAAUCAACCUGGGUAUAAUUUCAUCCUGGCUCUGACAGAAAAGUACAAUCCACAUUAUUAUGCAUCAUAUUCUGAAAAAAUGGAAAAUGCCCACCAAUGGGGCUGGGCAGUA